CUUUAUUUUUGGUUAAAUUAUAUUUUCUCCGUUAGUAUAAUAACGUUAUUGCAAAUUCAUACAGGAUACAUUAUGACUCAGAAUUUUACAAAAGGCGCUCGACGAACAAGUAAAUAUGGCUGACAUCUGGCAAUGUACAUUGAACGCAUUUGCGAAUUGUGAUCUUCGAUUCGUACUCUUUAGUUGUUAGUUCUGCGCGAUUUUCUCAUGUGUAGCAGCGUUUGUUUUUCCAUAUUAGUAAACGGAUAAUAAUUUUCAUUCAAUGUACAAAGAUUAAACGACGAACAACUAAAUAAAGAUAAUAUUUCGAAUCUUUUAACGAACGUUCCGGAAGGUGGUUCAUUGUGUAAUUAAACUUUCAGCACGGAAGGUCCUAUUUUUUAACAAAAUAUUUAUUGUAAAAGUAAAAGUAAAACUAAUUAAGUAUGACUGAGGAACAUCAGUUGCCUUCUGAUUCCGAUGAGGAUGACGAAGAUUAUGUUCCUGAUGGUGCAGAUAGCGAACCUGUGUCUGAAGUUGAAUCUGAAGGUGAUGCAGAGAGUGGUCCUGAGGACGAAAAUGAUGAAAAUAAAAGAGAAGUUACAAAGAAAAAAGGAAAAAAAAAGAAUAAAACUACAAAGUUUAAAAUUAAGAAGCGCAGAAGAACAAAAAGAAGAGUGGAAAUUGAUGAAAAGAUAGAAGAUGAAGAGGAAAAGGAAGAAGAGCCCAAAGGGAAAAAACAAUUGACUGAAGAAGAGGAGAAAGAAAGAGCGGAUUCUCUCUGGGCUGAUUUUAUGAAGGAUACAGCAACGGCACCUAAAUCCCACUCGCAAAGCAUAACAAAUAAAUCAAAAGAGAAAUCACCGCCCAUAGAAAAGCCAAAAAUAGAAGAGAAAGUGAAGAUAACCAAGGUAUUUGAAUUUGCUGGCGAAGAGGUAAAAGUAGAGAAGGAAGUCUCGGUUGAUUCAGCAGAAGUAAGAUUAUCUCUGUCCUCUGCUGAGAAUUCUGAGAAAAUGGGAAAUUCUGGUCCUCCUGCAGGGAGAGGAUCUGGAAGAGGCAGAGGUUUUAAAAGAGCUGGUUUAGGAGGUAUUUCUUCUGUCCUUGGCCAAUUAGGAAAAAAAGCAAAAAUUAGUACACUAGAAAAGUCCAAAUUAGACUGGGACAAUUAUAAGAAACAAGAGAAUUUGGAGGAAGAAAUUAGCACUCACAACAAAGGGAAAGAUGGAUAUUUAGAACGUCAAGAUUUUCUACAAAGGGCAGAUCUGCGACAAUUUGAAAUUGAAAAGCAGUUACGUAAUGCAAAUAGACGCAGUACACGAACCAGGAACGGUAUUGAGAUGAAUAUCUUAUUAGAUUUGCCAGUUGUCGGCGCUUAUAGCACAUAUUUAAUCAAAUUCCUCAAACUCUUAUUAAAAAUAUCUCAUGCCAUAUGUAAAAAUUUUAAUUUACCAUCUGCGAGCUUGGUCUCGAUCCGUUAUAUCAUAGAACUUCGCAUCGAAGCAGGAUGUUUGAAGCUUGGUGCUUCAGAGACCGAAUAUUCUAACAAUACAGAGAUCCAACAAGCUCCAGAGAUGUUUUUAUUCUGUUUCAAUGGAGAAAGGAUGAUUGAUGCACUACUACGUCUGUGACAAUGCUGGUGAAUGUUCUGGUAGCAUGCCACAGAUUUCUAGUAGCAAAUUUUCUCUCGCCUCGAGCUUACGAGUCAUGACUCGUAGAUCAAUUCGCCUUGUCUACGCGGUUUCUCGCAUAGUUCAAUGUGCUGCUAAAAAAAGACACGAGAGAUAUCGAGCACGACAGAACCCCAACAGUCGUCAUAUUUCGAAAGGAUAGUGCAUGCCGAUGGACGUUUACAAUUUCUUUUUAGAUCUUGCGAGCUGGAUCCUCUGACGCAAACGCACAGUGCCGUUUGCUUUUCCCUCGAGAAUGUUUUGCAUCGAGAUCUUGUGGGCUUUUUCUGCCUCGGCGAGGUUGAACGUUUGCGAGCUUCUCGUAUUCUGCGACAGUGGCAGGCUCUGCUUCUCCGCGAUUUACAACUGAUCGAUCUCGAUCUACGCGAUCUCACUGAUUCUCUGCUCCUUGUGCUGCGGUUCAAAAGCAAGAUAUUCUUGAAUUACGAAGGGUGUUUCUCUUUCAAAUUCAAUGCGUAUGUAAUAGCUCAUAAUUAUCUUGAUACAGGCAAAUUUAUUUAUAUUUUCAUAUUUAUUCACUGCGUUUGAUUUUCUCGUUAGAAAGAAAUAUUUUCUGUUUAAUGAAACUUUGAUCGUUAGAAUCGUACAAACUGUGUUGUGAUAUUACUAAAAAAAAAAAAAAAUAUAAUAAUAUUGUUCAAUAUGUAAAUAUCGAAUAAUUAUGAACGAUGUGCUGUAAAUAAUAUGUUUCGAAAUCCACGCAUGUUCUUUGUAUUAGUCAAUGUGAUAAUCUUAGCGUAUGCAGUAGCUAUUCUCUGAAUCAUUGAAAUGCCAUGGGAAUAAGGAUCUUAAAGAAUGCAAGAUUGUAAAAGAUCUGUUGCUCGCAAAAUAUGCAGGUGGACGCAACGAAGAUUCUAAUUUAUUUAUCACCCUCUCACCGUGGCCACGGCGUCGAUGUUGAACUUUCCACAGUAGAUCUCGAAACUUGGCACAUUUUGCUGCGAAUUAAAUGAAAAAUCUUCGUUCGUAUAUGUGUUUUUAUUUACAAAUCGUGUACUUGAUCGUCGUAAAAGAUAAUCAAAGUAUUAGAACGAUUUGCAAGAAUUGCGACGCAAAGAUUAUCUAAAGUACUUUCUACAAUCCGUUGUGCGACCUUUUGGCACAGUUGCUCGAUUCUUUGAUUUUUUCUUCCUCUUUGACGAAGUUCUUGCAGGAGGAACGAUAUCGACAAAACGACAAUUAAAUUUUGUAUGAAAAGUGUUCAUUUACGUCUGUUUUUAUAAUGAUUUUUAAAUACCUCGAAGGGGAUUGAUUUGCUGGACAGAUUGGAUCCUUACAUCUUCUUCUCCUCAUUUUUCCUUAUUUAUUGUCAAAUUUUUAUCCAAUCUGGCGAAUAUUUAGAUCAACGUCAUCCUUCACUAUUAUUUACAUGUAUAUUUCAAACGAAAUCUGUAUAUUUCUUUACUGAAAAAAAUCUUAUUUCAAACGAUCACUCGCGUAUGCUUGUUUUUCAUUAACCUCCCGAUUCCACGGAGGGCGUUUUCUUCGUUUCUUACUAUAUCGUACAUUUUCUCGAAACCAUUUGUUCAUUUUAGUAAUUAAUAACAAUCAUUGCCAGUGGUUCUUCUAACUUUCCUUCGUUAUAAUUUAUCAUCUCUUCUUUCUUUCUUUUUUUUUUCUUUUUUUUUUGGUUUAUUUUAAAAUGUAGAUUCCAUGUAACCUAUUGA